GCAACAGCGUUCCUUCUUGGCGUUUGCUAAAUUUUCAAUGGUUUUCGAGUAAAACAGGUGUUUAUGUAUUUAAAGAGCGAAUUUAUUAAGAAGUAUAUUUGAAUCUUUUUAAUAACGCCUGUAAUUCACCAACCGUAUUUCUCUUUUUGUUUUCACUUAACAUAUGUUACAGCGAUGUGAGAAGAAUAUAUCAGAUUAUCGAAGUGAUAGAGAUUUGACAUUUUAUGUUGCUUUUACGAACACGUGAAUGAAUUACAGUUUAAUAGCAUAAAGCAUAAUGGAUACGGUUUGUCUGUUAAAUGCACUAAUGUUGAUGCGAUCUGUAUUAUAACAAAAAAUUUGUGUAACAUUCCGGAUAUGUGCAAUGCGUCUAUUGGUAUCAAACGUAUUCUCACGAAAUUCUCGGCAGAGAAACGCGAAAUAUCCAUCUCUUAAAAUCAUGUAUUACAAUUCUUUUCACACACACCUACAUGUGCAAUACAUACAGCUGUGUAAAAAGUUUCAAUCCACCUUGAAUAAUUAUGCAGAACUAUUUUUGUACAAUUACUUCUCUUUUCUAUCAUGAAUAUACCAUGCACAUGGUAACAAUAUAUGAUGUUAUAAUCAAAGAUGUCAGUUCUUGAGGAUCAACGCUUCCUCUGAAGUGUUUAAGUUCAAGAGGCCUGCUUAGGCACAAUGAAAGCCAUUGUAUCAAUUACAUUGAUAGCGCUACUACAUGGGAUAAACUCAAUACCCAUCAAUGCCAGGAAAUGUGCAAGCAGAAAGAAAAACAUUGAUAAUUUUCCAUUAAAACAAAAUAUACCCAGUGUACCUGAAAGUUUACCCAACGAUAGUAAUGUAAUUCAUUCUUUAAAAGAUGAUGAUAUUAAGUUUGAAGAGUGCACCAAUUUCUGCCAUGCUUUGUGGCAGGAAGAAAAAACUGCAAAUGGAACAGAAAUUAUAAUUUUAUCUCAAGGUUGUUGGAAACAGUCCGGGGAACAGAAAUGUGAAACAACAGAAUGUAUUGCUCUUCAACGUUCUACUAAAGCAUUAAAUAAUACAAAAUUUUGUUGUUGCCAUGGGGAUUACUGUAAUCUCAAUAUUAAUAGUACUAAUAUCAUAUACUCUGAGAAUAAUGUACACAGCUCUACGCCUGCAGAAAAUAAUCAACCAACAGUCGAACAUCUAGAGCAAUCGGAUUCUGUGAGAUGGAUUGUUAUCAUGGCAAGCGUUCUACUAUGCAUGUCAUCGAUAAUAUGUUUCGUUUAUUAUGUAGUUAUAAUGGACCGUGUAUAUCACAUCAAUAUGUUAGCAAGAUUAGGAAUACCACUUCCUUAUUCAGAUCAAUAUAUGGAUAGCACAGCAUUAAGAACUGGUACUUAUACAGUAGAUCACUUGAAACUUACAACAAUUGUAGGACAAGGCCGUUAUGGGUCAGUAUGGCAGGGCAGUAUGGGGGAUCAAGAUGUUGCUGUAAAAAUAUUCCCUUCCCAUUAUCGUAAUUAUUUCCAAAAUGAACGAGAUACUUAUUGUCUUCCAUUUAUGGAACACCCGUCUUUAUUAAGUUAUUAUGGUGUAGAUGAAAGAAUUAGUAUGGAAGGUAGCGUUGAAUAUCUGUUGGUACUUAGCUUUGCACCAAAUGGUACUUUGUCAGAUUUUUUGAGAUCUCGUACAGUUGAUUGGGCUACAUUUUGCAAAAUGGGUCUUUCUAUGGUUAAAGGACUUGCUUACUUACAUACCGACAUACAUAAAGGUGACAAGUUUAAACCGUGUAUCGCGCAUAGAGAUAUUAAUUCAAGAAAUAUAUUAAUCAAAGGAGAUGGCACUUGUUGUAUAUGCGAUUUAGGAUUAGCAGUUCAAAUCUCUGGUUCAAAAUAUUACGCAAAUGGAGAGGAUCAACACGCUGAAAUAAAAUCCAUUAAUGACGUCGGUACUUUAAGAUACAUGGCGCCAGAAAUACUAGAAGGUGCCGUGAAUUUACGAGAUUGCGAGAGCUCAUUAAAACAAAUAGAUGUAUAUGCGAUGGGUUUAGUAUUAUGGGAGUUAGUCUCAAGAUGUUCGGAUAUUUAUGUAUCGGGAUCAGAAGUACCGCCUUACAGGCUACCAUAUGAAAAAGAAAUCGGUCUACAUCCGACGUUUGAACAAAUGCAAGUUUUAGUUUCACGCAAUAAAGCGAGACCAUUGUUAGAAGGAAAUUUAGUGGACAGGCCAGGUGUGCGUUUGAUUAAAGAAACAAUGGAAGAUUGUUGGGACGCGGAUGCUGAAGCUCGGCUAACUGCUUUGUGUAUAGAAGAACGUCUUUCAGAGUUGCAAUCUCAUCGUGUUAUAAUACAUUUUGCCGACGGAAGUCCAAUGGUAAAUUCCCAUUGCACUUUAGUGCCUUCAACUGCAAACAGUCUUUACAGCGAGUCUUCAUAUCAUGAUAACGUCCAUGGAUCUCAACAUGCAUCGCAUCCAGUACAAGACGGUACAAGUAAUGAAGGCGGUAUCGUUGAGAACUUAGUAACAUUAUCACCAUCCGAAACCAUUGUCCACGAGCACAGUUUUAAAAAUUCGAAUGAAGUAGCGAUUUAUAAUCAUACUCAGACACUCCAACCUUAUCAAGGAAGAAAUCCUUGUAUGGAAAGAAAUUUAAUGUUGCAGUCUGAUUCGUUUGAAGACUUAGGAUGCAACGGCAACAUACUUGUCGAUAAGUCGAUGAAACAUGCUUGUAACGAUCAGUACAAAAUCGUCUCCGAAGCACAAGGACUCGUAUCUCAUGAUUAUUUGAGUCAACAUACAACACAAUUAACUCAAUUAAGACCAGCCACACCUAUACCAUACGUUCAAAACGUUAUAUCGGAUGAUGGUACGUCAUAUGGUAAGCGCAAACAAACGAACAUGCACGAAUCUUGUUCGCAGGAAAGUCCUAGAAAAAAAUUGUUCGGUUGGUCAAACUUCAAGAAACUGCUCGUUAACAGAAAGAUGUAUCCGUACAAUAAGUAUCAAAUAGAUAGAGAGGAUUCGAAAUCUAAUUUAUUGUCGAAACAGAACGUGCAGAUAAAAACUGUAGAAACCAACGUAACUAUAUCCCCGGGAGGGAAAUACGUGAAUGGUAUUAUCACUAAAACGCCUGCUUUGAAUUCUACGCUAGAUAAGAAUGAUAAGAACGCCAUACAAGUUAAUAAACAGAAAAUUGAUGACGAUAAUACGAACACUCGACCGUCUACGUUGCCUCUUGUGACUUUAAGAAAUAAAAAGGACGAAAAUAUCAGCAGACAGGAGAGCAUAGACAAAUUCAAUGAAGUAUUUAACGUAGGGUCUAAUGUGAACGUAUUGAAGGAUCCGCAUAUGAGAAUAAAAACGCCGGGAGAUUUGCCACCGUCCGUGAGGAAGAUUCGUGGUCGGGGACAAUCGACCGCCAGAUUUUCUCUUUAUGACGACCGUAUGAUGUGCAAUAUUUUGAGUGAAGAGGACGACCGAAGUGAUAAAGCCAUUUGGAAUUCGGUACCAUUUGGUAUGGAUCUCGGCGACAGCGAUGACAAGCAUUCACCGACUAAAUUUAAUACCAAAAACGUUACAUGCUUUUAAUCGUAAUGUAAUUAUAAGGAUUUUUUAGGUAUGAUUGUAGCAUAACUUUAGCUUGAAUGGGUGUAUGUACAGAAGUAUGUAUGACGAUAAUACAGAUUUUAUACUCUCUCAA